CGUUGAAGGAAUCCGCUUGGGAAGGCCUCCGAGACCUCAAGGACGAUUCUGUGGCAUUGAGGGAAAAGCCUGUCAGGGAAGAUCUACCUAAACGAAGGUACUACGUGGUGACGAUGACCUGGAAAGCUACUUCGUUCUGAAACAGAAAAAUCUAUCAUUGAGGUGGAUAGUGGUAGUUCAUGAUUACCUGGUAGUGAAGAAGAGGAACCUACCUAUGUCUUAGGCGAUGAAGCACUUCGUCACCCCAGUCUAUUGACAACCGUGCUCCCGAACUGUUUGCGACAGAACGACUGCGAAUUUUAGGCUGCCCUUCAUUAGGUAUAGUCUCUCUUCAUAAUGACCAGGAGGUAGACCUUGAUGUCUAUGAGUAUAAUUACGUCGCAACCAUGGACGACAUAGCGGGGUUGAAAUGGACUUCAACCCCAGCAAAUGGACAGAAGCCUACGAACGCGAACUAUUCUGCCUUCUCUGCAUUACGACCUAGCCCCCCGUCUACAACCCCUGCCAACGACAGUUUCGCGAACCUCGUUCCCUUUGGACCCAACUCGAACAAGAAUGUUUCAUUACUGGAACAGCAGAAAAGGCUGGCAGAAGCGAAAUUAAGACAGCAGCAGACGCAGACUCAGACAGUCAAGGAUCAAUAUGCUGGAGGAGAUGAGCAGUUCUGGAAUACUCUGGGUAGCGGAAAAGGCACACCCGUAGUGGGCAAUACUAAGAAUAUAACAACAAGCUCGGGCAGUAACACAGUUCCUGUUGGUGACGACGACGAUCUAUUCGCCGCGUUCAACAAGCCUGCCACGACUCAGAACUCUUCUGUCACUGCGAAUGUACAGAAACCGCCAACCAUCGAUAAAGACGACGACCCCUUUGGACUGUCAGAGUCUGAACCGCGGAGGCCGCAAGCUGCGGCUACUGAAGAUGCGAUGGACGACGACGACGUACUUGGUCUGCUAGGAAAGCCUGCAAGCGCUCGGCCAGCGGUCGAGACACCACCACCGAUCCAGAGCGAGAACGACACCUCCGAGAUGCAUCCACAAGACAAAGCCAUUGCCGAGCUGGUUGACAUGGGCUUCCCAGCAGACAAAGCCCAGGGAGCGUUGGAAGCCACUGAAUCUGGCAUGGAUGUGCAGGCGGCGGUGGGUUGGCUUCUAAAUCAGGCACACGAAGAGGCACGUCAAAAAUCGCAAUCAAGGGAGGCUAGCCGACAUGGAGCGGACGCGGAGGGCAUGCGGAGGCAUGGGCGAUCAGACUCGGAAGCAAUGGCCACGCGCACACGUUGGGAGGAAGGUCAGAGGUCUCGCAAUCGUCAACAAGGCCAAGCACCCAGUGGAGACAAGGAUUUCGAGAAGAUGGCUGCGGAGCUGGGAAGCAAUUUCCUCAAGACUGCAGGCUCACUAUGGAAGCAAGGCACGAAAAAGGUGCAACAAGCUGUCCAAGACUUGAAUUCUGACAGUGAGCCGUCAAGUCAACCGAAGUGGAUGCGCGAAGGGGAGAAACCACAAAGGCCGACUCAGCGAAGAGUAGCAGACGAACAAGCUGGCAUGGGCGGGCGGCGAAGUCGAAGUCCAGAAGCUCAAAGAGCGGUGACUGCGACAGAUGAGGCUCUGAUGCUCGAGUCCAGUCGACCAACUCCUCCAGCGCGACCUUCCACUUCAACAAGACCUUCUGCCUCCUCGCGACCAGAUCGACAGCAGCGACGCUUUGACUCGAGUGACGACAGCUCAAGAGACCAUUCCCCAGCUAUACCAUCACGACUGCGAGAAACACUCCCGCAGAAACAGCCGGCCUUUAUGCAACAGCAAAAUCCGCCUCCGGCUACAACGUCGCGCUCUACACUGAACAAGUCGGCCGCAGACGAACAAGCCGCUCAGGCCUAUGUCAGCUCUGCCCGCCGGCGGAAGCCUCAGCCCGCAACUCAGGCGCCUGUGGUAGUCUCGGAACCCGACCUCCUUGACGGAAGCUUCAAAAGGCCUACUCCGUCGCAGACACCAUCCGCUUCAAGAAGUACACCUGCGGCUCGUCCGCAAUCAGUACCUGUAGCACGGACUGGAACACGAGUCCGCCGCCCACCACCCUCUCGCAAUAUGCCCGCCGUAUCUAACAUAAAACUUGAAGCAAGUCGUUCUCAUCGUGAGAAAGGAAACGAGCAUUUCAAGCGUGGCGAUUACUCCUCCGCACACGAUUCCUACGCCACAUCGCUCUCUCACCUCCCAGACACUCACCCACUCGUCAUAGUCCUGCUCACCAAUCGUGCCCUGACAUCGCUCAAAACAGGUCAGCCGAAAUCCGCCAUCUCGGACGCCGAUAAAGCAUUGAGCGUCAUCGGGUCGUCAAAAGGCGAGUCAGAAACCAUCGACUUCGGCAACGGCGACGCUCCGAAGCCUAUGCGUGAGUAUUACGGCAAGGCGCUCAUGCGUAAGGCCGAAGCCCUAGAGCAGAUGGAGAAAUGGGCCGAUGCAGCAUCCGUUUGGCGCGAAGCUGUGGAAGGAGGCCACGGCGGCGCCACGAGCAUUCAAGGUCGUCUCCGCGCUGAAAAAGCUGCGCAACCCAAGCCUCCUGCUGCUAUUGCAGUCAAGAAGCCCGCAGGUACCCUUCGCCGGCCCGUGACAACAGCCCCGGUCACAGAAGCCGCAGCAGUUAAAGCCCUUCGCGCCGCCAACGCAGCUGCCGAGAAAGCGGAUGAUGAGCGAUUUCGACUUGGUGACGCUGUGGACGCACGUAUACAGGCCUGGAGGGGUGGCAAGGCCGACAAUCUCCGCGCCCUACUCGGUAGUUUAGAAAAUGUGCUUUGGGAAGGUUCUGGGUGGAAGAAGAUUAGUAUGGCGGAUCUCGUGCUCCCUGGGAAAGUCAAGGUGCAGUAUAUGAAGGGGAUUGCUAAGGUGCAUCCUGACAAGAUUCCGACCGACGCGACAACUGAGCAGCGGAUGAUCGCUGGUGCGGUCUUUAGUACCCUGAAUGAGGCGUGGGAUAAAUUCAAGACGGAGAAUGGGCUCUAAUAGAAGGGUUCAAGCUUGUAGGCGGAAUAUACAAGUAUACGGCAUCGUGUCAGGUGAACCGCCGUCGAUGCCAAUGUCCGCAUAUAGAUAGUCAAAGAGCAUAUCAUGGAGACUGAACCCAAAAACCAAA